UGGGUAUUAUUACAUCUUUUGUUGACAGCAUUUUUUUCUCAGGCUGAAGAUCCAGUAUGCAGACAGAUUGGGGAUUCUGAAAGCCCUCAACUAGUGAAGGAUGGAGACAUUAUGUUGGGGGGACUUUUUUCUUUCCACAACAACUGGAAAGAAACAGAGAAUACUUACAUUGAAAUUCCUCUGCCACUGAAAUGUACCAGUUUGAAUUUCAGAGAAUUCCAAUUAGCCCAAGCUAUGCUUUUUGCCAUUGAGGAGAUAAAUAACAGCUCAGAUCUACUGCCGGGAAUAUCUCUGGGCUAUAAAAUAUAUGACACCUGUGGCUAUAAUGCCAGAAGUGUUAAAGUUGCAUUGGCCUUGCUUAACGAUUAUGAAAAUGUGUCUGCUCCUUCCAAGGACUGUGUGACACCUGCACAAGUGCAGGCCAUAAUGGGAGAAGCCUCAUCCUCUCCAAGCACAGCGAUAGCUACUGUCAUUGGACCUUUUUUUAUACCAAUGAUCAGCCACUUUGCCACAUGUGCUUGUCUCAGUGACAAAUCUAAAUACCCUUCAUUUCUCAGAACAAUUCCCAGUGACUACUAUCAGAGUAGAGCACUGGCCCAAUUAGUAAAGUACUUUGGAUGGACUUGGGUUGGAGCUGUUAGAACAAACGAUGAUUAUGGUAACAGUGGCAUGGCAACAUUCAUAGAAUCAGCACAGCACCUGGGCAUUUGCCUUGAAUACUCCAUUUCUUUCUAUAGGACAGAUCCAUCAGACAAAAUCCAAAAGAUAAUUAACAUCAUGAAGGGUUCAACUUCUAAGGUGAUUGUUGCUUUCCUUUCCCAAGCUGACAUGGAUGUGAUUAUACAUGAGUUUUCUAGCCACAACUUAACUGGCUACCAGUGGGUUGGGAGUGAGGCCUGGAUCUUUGAUUUUCAAACCGCUGCAAGAGAUACAAAUCACAUCUUAGAUGGAGCAAUAGGCCUCUCCAUCCCCAAAGCGCAUGUCAUUGGUAUCAAAGAGUUCAUACUAAACGUGAAACCAUUGUUUUCAUUGAACAAUGACUUGUUCACAGAGUUCUGGGAGGCAUUAUUUAGCUGCAAGUUUAAGCAGUCAAAUUCAGCAGAGCUUCAGAGACAAUGUACAGGACUGGAGGAUCUGACAGGAGUCGAAAAUACCUUCACUGACAUGUCACUCAUGCCCAUAUUUAACAAUAUGUAUAAAGGAGUGUAUGCUGUUGCCCAUGCUCUGCAUAAUAUCCUCAGCUGUAAUCAAACAUGUAGCAGCAAUGUACAGCUAGAUCCAUUCACGAUUUUACAGCAAAUAAAAGACAUUUAUUUCAAAACAAAGGAAGGUGAUGAAGUGUACUUUAAUGAGAAUGGAGAUCCAGCUGCAAAAUAUGAAAUUAUAAACUGGCAAAGAAGAGAUAAUGAUCCUGUGGAAUUUGUAGUUGUGGGUCUCUACGAUGCAUCAUUACCAACAGACAAACAGAUGGAUGUGCAACUUAAGUCAAUAAUUUGGGCUCAAAAUUCACAGAAGAUUCCUGUAUCAGUUUGCAGUGAGAAGUGUCCCCCAGGAACACGUAAAGUUCUCCAGAAGGGAAAACCUAUUUGCUGUUAUGACUGUGUACGUUGUGCAGAAGGAGAAAUAAACAACAUCACAGAUUCUGUCACCUGUGUGAGAUGCCCCCUUGAAUUCUGGUCAAAUGAAAACAGAGAUGAUUGUAUAAGAAAAGAGACUGAAUUUCUUUCAUACAAAGAAAUAAUGGGGGCAUUGCUCACUGGAGCAUCUUUAUCUGGAACAUGUAUGACUCUUGUUGUUGCAGUCAUUUUUGUUAAAUACAGAAAAACCCCUCUUGUGAGGGCAAACAACUCCGAGCUGAGCUUCCUGCUGCUCUUCUCCUUAAAGCUGUGUUUCCUCUGCUCUCUGACUUUCAUCGGAAAACCCUCUGAGUGGUCCUGCAUGCUGCGGCACACAGCAUUUGGCAUCACCUUUGUCCUUUGCAUCUCUUGUGUUCUAGGAAAAACCAUAGUAGUUUUAAUGGCAUUUAAAGCUACCCUUCCAGGGAGAAAUGUGAUGAAAUGGUUUGGACCUACACAGCAAAGACUAAGUGUUUUGGGUUUUACUCUUGUACAAGUGAUCAUAUGUGGCCUCUGGUUAACAAUUGCUCCACCAUUUCCAUCGACAAAUUUUGAAGGAUAUAACGACAAAAUCAUCUUGGAGUGUUCUCUGGGCUCCACUGUGGGCUUCUGGGCUGUCCUUGGUUACAUAGGUCUUCUCGGUAUGUUGUGUUUUAUUUGUGCUUUUCUGGCUCGAAAACUGCCUGAUAAUUUCAACGAAGCCAAAUUUAUCACCUUCAGCAUGCUGAUAUUUUCUGCUGUGUGGAUCACUUUUAUUCCAGCAUAUGUCAGCUCUCCUGGAAAGUUCAGCGUUGCUGUAGAAAUCUUUGCUAUUCUUGCCUCCAGUUUUGGAUUGUUAAUUUGUAUCUUUAUUCCAAAAUGUUAUGUCAUGCUGAUAAAACCAGAAAAAAAUACUAAAAGGAAUAUGAUGGGGAAAUAA